UCUCUCUCUCUUUCCGUCUCUGUGGAGUUGCUGUUGAUGUACAGGCCCGCUUUUGGUAGAGAACCUGAUGCGUAAGUGGGUGGUGUUUUCUCAUCUUCUACACCCUCCCAUACGUUUACUGUGACCGGAGGAAGAAAGAAAAGUCUUCUCCUCACUUCUUCCUCUCUUUCAGUCGUGCAGCGCAGUGAUUCCUCUUCUCAAGUUACUUUCCUUUUUUCACUUUCUUUUGGAUCCAAGAGUGAGUAAGGCUUGGAGGCACCAAGUCAGGUGAAGAGAGGGAAAAGGCUGGUGGUGUUUCUCCUUUGUGGGAUCUUACUACUGGUUUCCUUGGCAGCUUAAGUCCUUUGUUAUGCUGGAGUCCAAGGAUGAUGGAAGGCCCAGGUGCAGUGGUGCCCUUGGGCUGCUACUACUACCGCUAGAAGAUUUAGGAGGAAACUGGAGAAGGCCUUCUUCAGAUGUUAUCGACUAAAAAUUCACCAGACCCUUCAUGUUCCUCCCAUCUUCCAGCACCGAGAACAGGUGAGAGUGCUUCUCAAACGCUUGCCUUCCAAGAGAGGAAGCCCAUCCUAGAAGAGACACCAACUCCUAAUUUCUCUAUAAGAGAUUAUGUUUUUGCAUCGAGGACCAAAGGCCUAGAGACAAGUUGGCCAUUUGCACAGCAUUUCUUGCGGCUCUGCUUCAAGCAUGGUGUCAAAGGUCUAUUGCCACCUUUCGAGCCUCCAAAUUUGUUGAGAGUUCAGUGUCGCAGAAAGGAAGUAGAACAGAUCCUAGCGCAUAUUGUUGAUCCUCAAGAGGAGAAACAAUCUUGUGAUAGAAAAACAAGAACCUGUCAGGAAAUUAGCAAAGAUGAUCUGGCUCAUUGUGAUGCAGGAGUUCGAUUGAUAAGGACCCAUGAGCAAGUUGAAACUUCUUCUUAUGACAUCGGUAAUCAAGAAUCUAAAACACCAGCUACGGAUAUAGAAAAUAAGUGCAGGUUGAUAGUAAAAUUAGGUGUCAUCUCUGGGAGCAGUCGAACAGAGGACACAAUUUCUGACUCUAGCACAGUUUCAGAUCCUAUGGCUUCAAAGGUUUGUCCGGUUUGUAGAACAUUUUCUUCCACUUCAAAUACAACUUUGAACGCUCACAUAGAUCAGUGCCUCUCGAUGGAGUCCAACACCAAGUGGAUGUCAAGCAAACUCUCAAAACCAACAGAAAAACCAAGGAAGAAGAGACUGAUGGUGGAUAUUUAUGCUACUGCUCCUCGUUGCACUCUUGAAGAUCUCGAUAAGAGGAAUGGUACAAACUGGGCCAACGAAAUGGCAUUUGCCACUGCACCAACUGUUGAAGUUGAUAUGGAGACAAAGAAACCAAAAUUGUCACCAACAGAGUCUACAGCUUAUGUUGAAGGAUCAGUAUCUGUUAAUUCAGUUGGCGCAAAACUCAAAAUUCUAUCCAAAUUCAAUGACAUGCCAAAGUUGAAGGAAGGACCGAAGUUUCAGAAGCAUGAAGAAGUCAUUGAGCCAACAAAAAUGUUUUUGGUCAGCAAGAAGAAGCAUUUGAAUGCAAAGUUUUCAAGGAAGAUGAAAGUGAAGGCACAGAGAAACAAAUUGAGCUCACGUACUCUGUUGAAAGCACAGAUUCAAACUGCACAUGAAGGAUAUUGUAAUGCUAAAACUCAUCAUGAGAAUGAAGAAUCACUAAACCCAGGUAACCUCAACAAGAGCAGUUCAUCUUUAAGACAAUUGAUGUGUUCCAGACGAUCAGAUCUCCCAAAGAACCUUUUCAGAAAGAAUGUCAAGCAUGCAUCAGAUAAUACUGUACCUCUCACAAGAAGCAGGCUCACGUCUGAAGACUUGGUCAGUUCUCCAAAGAGAGUGCACUCUGCUGGUGAUGGCUUUGAAGACUCUGAAAAGCUAUCAAUCCCCACUUUCAAAUGGUCAUCUGAAAGUACUGUGAAAAAUGGUAUCCUAUUGCGAAAACCAAAGUCAUCUGGGAAUUCUGUGGCUUCUUCAGGAAUCAAAAUAAAGGAGAUUGACCUAAGCAUUCAACACCAAUCUGAUAACUCUUCUCGGAGGACGAACAUAUCUUUGGAAAUCUGUCAUCGUCCCUUGAUAAAAGACCCAAUCAAGUUAAUUUUGAAGAAGAAAGACUCUGCUGGAAGAACAUCCAGCACCUCGGAGGUGAGGAAAGGUGAUCUAAAAGAGAAAUUAUUUUCCUUUGACAAGUUCCGCAAGCAUCGAUCGGUUUCCAGGAGUGGCAAGAGUGGAGUAGAAUUCCAGGCAACUACCUAUGGUAUUGAUAUUCCAAGAACAAGUAACGAUGCACUAGGAUCUUGUGAAUUUGAUUGCUCAAAGAGUGUAACAGUAUCUCCAGCAGGAGAGAUGAUGAAUCAUGCAUGUACAAGCAGGAAAGAUGUCCCAGGAGCUGAAGAAAGAGAUGACAGGAGCACAAUGGAGGAGCAGAAGCAUGGUGAUGAAUGCCAUGGUCCUGAUGUCGAGAACUUAAACAUGCAAGUAGAGGUCUUUCACUCUGGACAUUGUGUCAUCAAGUCAUCUAAGGAAAUAUCUACGGCUAAUCCUUCUCCUAAUGAUAUCGUGAGUUCAGGAAACCUGCAAGCAUCAUUUGGUGUCAGAUUAGAUCCUUCUCCAUUGGUUGAACAAGUUCAGUAUAUAUCUAAAAGGGAAUUCCAUGAAAAACAAUUAGUGGAAAGAUCUGAAAGGCAAGAGGAAAGCUGUGAUGGUGUGUCCAGAGAAGAGAUCGAUGGCCAAAAUAUCCAAAUAGCAGAUGAAAUGGAAGAAAGAGGGGAGAAAGUUUCUUGUGCAAUUGAACCCAAGGAAUAUACUGUUGAUACCAUGUCCAUCCAGGAAUCUAGUGGUUGCUUGACUAAUGGGGAUGUCGGUCCUAGAAUCCCCGAAAGGAGCACAUCGGUAACCUCGGUUAGAACAAUUGUGGAUGAUGCCAUGAAUUUGGCUAGUGAUGGUGAACCAAGUGGAUCACCUGUGUCAACUGCAUCAACUCUUUUUAUCCCCUCUUCAAGAGAUUCCAAAUAUACUGAUCCAGAGAAUGAGGCAUUGGGAAUUGUUGUUAAUGUUGAAGAAAAGCUGGCUUUGAUGGAAAGAAAUGUCGAGGGCAGGAAUCAAGAACUCAAGGAAAAUCUGUCAGCAAAAGAACCUAGUCAGUCAGUAAAUGAUGAUCCAUUCUAUAGCUCAUGCAGGGAGAGCCUUUCAAGAGAUUCUCAAUCAUUAAGAUCAAACGCUACACAGCACAGGACAACCAUUGGAAAACAGGUUCCUGACUUGUUUCCCGGGCCAAGAAUCUCUUCCUCUUUUAGUUUGUAUCAGAAUCCGAGAACCAACACUAUGGUCAGCUCCACCUCCACCGAAACUUUGUCAGAUUCUGCAGUCAAGGUUCCAUCUUGCACCGGUGCUAAUCCAAUCCUUCGGUUGAUGGGCAAGAAUUUGAUGGUGAUGAAAAAUGAAGAGUUUGUGCCACCUAGUACAGUUAUGGAUCACCCACCAGAUGUAAACUUGUCAUCUCAUCUUGGAUUUAGUUCAGCCAACACUCACAUGAAGCAGCAGAAUUUUCCCGGAACAGUGGCUGAGCACCAAUUUCCCGUAUGCCUGCCCAGCACAGCAGUGGCUGGUUUCUCAUUCACUCCUCUGCAUGCUGCUUUGGUGCCAAGACCAAAUCAACAGACCCAGGGAAAGAAUGCAUACAAAAAGUUCAACUCCUCUGCAACUCCUUGCAUGAUGAAUGAGGUGAUAAUGAUAGAUGACUCUCCCGAGACUGACAAGCAACCAAGUCUGAGCAGUCCAACAAGCACUUUGCCUUUUGAUGCCUCAAGUUUGAAUCCAUUGUCUCAGAGAUCAUUCUCCUGCCUUUCUUCGCAAGAUCACAUUGAGGAUCCUCCGAGUGGCAUGAGACCUUUGUUACCGAACCUGUACACCGGAGUGGAUGCUAGUUUGAUCAAGAGGUAUAGCACUGCAGAAGGCCAUUUCAUGUUCCAAUCUCCUGGAACCGCUUACAUGCGCCCAUCAAUAUGUUACUCACAGACCCUCCACUGAUCCUACCUCUACAAAGUGCUUGUGGAACAAAACUCUUCCAAAUUGUACUUGCAGCAGCCAUCUUUGCCGCAUCCAGUUGGAUCACCAUGGUUAGACUUUUGAUAUCCAUAUCCUUUGAAGUAGUCAUGAAGCAUCCACCAGGGCAAAAGAGUGAAACCAACAAGAACUUGUGUACUGUUGGAACUUUGAGAUAUGUUGUGUAUCCUUGUUGGUGGCAACACAGGAAACCUUUUCUCUCUGCAAAAGUUGCAGUUUUAGACAUCACCAUAAGGACAUGCAGCCCUCAAUAAUCGAUGCAUCUAAACCUUGCCAUUUAACUAUGGCAAUAAGUGUUCUUCAA